GGGAGCUGCCUCGCGCUGCUCGUCCUGCUCCUUCACUUCAUCUGACCUCAUUUUUAUUUUCAUUUUUAUUUUUAUUUAUUUUCUCUCUAACCGAGCAGCUCGUCCUGACGCUGUGUGUGAGAGUGUGUGUGUGUGUGUGUGUGUGUGUGUGUCGGCUCAUUCACUCAGUCAGCCCGUCAGCAGCAGGUGAGCGGCCCGCGUGCAGCAUGUCCCGGCCCGAGGAGCGCGAGGAGGCGGACUGCGUGUGCUCGGUCGGAAUGAAGCUCACCUGGGACAUCAACGACCCCAAACUGCCGCAGGACACAAAGCAGUUCGACCCGUUCCAGGAGUGGACAGACGGUUACGUCCGCUUCAUCUACAACGGUGAAGACAAGAAUGCUCAGCGUCACCUGUCAGGCUGGGCCAUGAGAAACACCAACAACCACAACUGCCAGAUCCUGAAGAAGUCGUGUUUGGGCGUGGUGGUCUGCUCUCGCGGCUGCACGCUGCCGGACGGGUCCCGCCUGCAGCUCCGCCCGGCCAUCUGCGACAAAGCCCGGCAGAAACAGCAGAAGAAGCUGUGUCCCAGCUGUAAUGCCGCUCUGGAGCUGUUGCCGUGUCGGGGUCACAGCGGAUAUCCUGUCACCAACUUCUGGAGAGUCGACGGAAAAGCCAUUUUCUUCCAGGCAAAAGGUGUCCAUGACCACCCGAGGCCAGAGUCCAAAUCUGAGACCGAGGCCAGGCGAAGCUCCGUGAAGCGACGGGUCAGCUCUCCGCCGUUCACACAGAAAAGACGACUCAUCGAAACACAGCCUCUGGGUCCGGCUCUGCUCUCCUGUGUCGACCCUCCCGAGCGUUUCUCCUUCAUCGCCGAGCCAAAUUUCCCCCUGCAGUCGCAACAUUACCCAGCAUUCCAGAGCCCCGAGCCCUACUACAACUCCCACAAUGCCCUGGGAGAGGCCCCGCCCACCCUACAGAAAUCAGCCAAUCCAAGACUGUAUAUGAGGCCUGGGUGUGGCUAUGAGUUUCCAGGCUACCUGACUCCCUCUUAUCCGGCAACCUCUGACCUCUGUGACCCUAGGGUCCUGGGCUCCACCUCCUCGUCUUCAUCAGCUCCUCUCUCCUCCUCCUCCUCAUCCUUUGAUCAGACCAAACCUCCUGCCAGCUGGAAGGAGCUCAACCACCACUACUACAGCCCCGAGUACCCCUGCCGUUACCCCGGCAACGGCCCGGGAUCCCCUGCUGCCCUGCAGACCAUCAUCACCACCACAACCAAGGUCUCGUACCAGCCUUGUCCGAAGCCUCCUGCAGCGGCUCUGCCUCCUUACCAGUCGUGUCCUAAGCCUCCGGCGGGUCUGCCCUCCUACCAGACCUGUGCUCCUCCUCCCAAAGCCGCGGGGCUUCCCGGCUGCUCCUCCCUGCUGGACGACGCCUCCUCCUCCUCCUCUUUCUCCUCUGAGCUCAAAGUGAGUGAGGAGUCAGGAGGAGUCAUCAAGUCUCUGUCCUUCCCCCCCGACGCCCUGCAGACCAAGACGGAGCGAGCCGACGCCUACGACUACCGCUACAGCUACCCCAACUACCGCUACGACGAGUACUGAGCAAGUACUGCAGAACGCACUACAACUACUACAACUACUACAACUACUACCGCUACGACGAGUACUGAGCAAGUACUGCAGAACGCACUACAACUACUACAACUACUACAACUACUACCGCUACGACGAGUACCGAGGAAAUACAGCUGGCAGUAAAAUGCAGUGUGGUGCCGUGCAACGUGCAGUUUUAUGUUGAACAGCUUGACGGGAGCUCUGCUGGAGGGGCGGAGCUUCGUUCUUCCUCUGGUGUUUUGAUGAUGGAGGUGGACAGCCAGCUGCUCAGCUGGUUGAGAUGUGGCGAGGGUGAAGGCCACAGCAGCAUCAUCAUCAUCAUCAUCAUCAUCAAACAUCAUCAACACUACAGUGCAACCACCACUACUGCUUACAAGUACUAUACCCCUAACAGUACUACAACUAGUACUACAGCUACUAUGACUACUGCCAAGACAGAGCUGAAAAAUGAAGCUGAAGAAAUACUUGUACUGCUACAGCCAUGACUAAUACUACAGCUGAGACCCACUGAGCCGUGGCUACUACUCCAAAUAAAUAAUUCUUCUUCUUUUUCUUCUUCUUCUACUUCUUCUUCUUCUACUACUACUACU